CAGACCCCCCCCACACCCUCGAGAUCAGAGAAUAAGAGACCAGAGCUCUGGGGACAAGCCUACACCCGUGUGUGCUCUUCUGGAGUGGACACUUCGCUCUCACUGUUCCAACACUCGGGCUACCAGAGACACCAUGGACUUCUGGAAGUUCUUUCCUUUUCUGGCUCUCAGCAGCAUGUGGGUCCUGUGCCUGGCCAGCAGCCUCCAGGCAGCCCCUUUCAGGUCAGCUUUGGAGAGCAGCCUAGACCUGGGCACCCUCAGCGACCAGGAAAAAUACGUCUUGCUUGCUGCAUUGAUACCGGACUAUGAGCAGAAGGCCAGGAAGCUGGAACAGGAGGAGCAAGAGACUGAGGGCUCCAGGAAAGGCUCCUCCUCCAGUGUCAUUUCCCAGAAGAGAUCCUGCAACACCGCCACCUGUGUGACCCAUCGGCUGGCAGACUUGCUGAGCAGGUCGGGAGGUGUGGUGAAGGACAACUUUGUGCCCACCAAUGUGGGCUCCAAAGCCUUUGGCCGGCGCCGCAGGGACCUUCGGGUCUGAGGAACUAACAGCUCCAGGAAGAAGGUUACAUAAAGUUGAACUCACCACGCCUAUUAAUUUUUAUUAACAACAACCCCAUGAGAAGGCCCCAUGGACGAUGUGUAUGUUUGCAUCCUGAAAGAUACUGAGGGAAAGCACCAUUGUCACUUGAGAGGAAUGAAACCAAGUAUAAAUGAGUUAAUUCUGUGCUCGUUUGCAUCAUUUUUAUACUGAGUCUAGGGCCAGUCAAAUAUGAUGGUGUCUCCCGCUGACAUCCUUUGCAGCAAACCAAAUAGGUUCUCCAAGAGCCGUCCAGCCGAUGGUAGCAGCUCUGGUGAGCCUCAGGGAGACGUGAUAUCACUGCCUCUUGUAGCCACUGGGACUUGUAGUAGAGGAGAUGCUGUGCCUUGAUGUCUCAGAACAUGACUGUAAAUUUAUUUAAGGAAAUGUCAAAAUUGUACCAUUUGUGAACUUCAUCAAGAUUAAAAAACAUAUUUUGGAUACA